UCCGGUGUGGCGACGGCGGCGUCUCCGCGCUGUGGGCCGGGCUCGUUCGGCCGGGGCAGUUGGUUCGUGGGCCGUGGAAGCGGCGGAGCCCAGUUGGGUCCGGCCGACCAUGGAUGGCUCCUUCGUCCAGCACAGUGUGAGGGUUCUGCAGGAGCUCAACAAACAGCGGGAGAAGGGCCAGUAUUGCGAUGCCACGCUGGAUGUUGGGGGCCUGGUGUUCAAGGCACACUGGAGUGUCCUGGCCUGCUGCAGCCACUUCUUCCAGAGCCUCUAUGGGGAUGGCUCUGGGGGCAGCGUUGUCCUUCCUGCGGUUUUUGCCGAGAUCUUUGGCCUUCUGUUGGACUUUUUCUACACUGGUCACCUCGCCCUCACCUCAGGGAACCGGGAUCAGGUGCUCCUGGCAGCCAGGGAGUUGCGAGUGCCAGAGGCUGUGGAGUUGUGCCAGAGUUUCCAGCCCCAAACCCCAGUGGGACAGGCAUCAAGUGGCCAGAGUGCCCUGGAGCAGCCUGCCUCCCAGGACGUGCAAAGCCACCUCAGAGAGCCAGCAGACUUGGAAGAAGAGGAAGUUUCCAGGACUCUGAGCCUGGUUUCUGCGGAUCAGGAACCUAGAGACAGUCGGAGCCCCCAGAAGCCCCAGUUCAGUCCCUCUGCCCAGAGCAGCCCCUCCUUCCUCUGUGGGAAGCCCAAGCAGGCUCUGAAGCCUUGUCCCUUAGAGGACAAGGAGUCCCAGGACUGCAAAGUGCUCCCACGGCCCUUGGAGGCUGAAGGUGCCCCACUGCAGGGCGAGAGCAAUGAGUGGGAAGUGGUGGUUCAAGUUGAGGACGACGGGGAUGGCGAUUACGUUUCUGAGCCUGAGACUGUGCUGACCAGGAGGAAGUCAAAAGUAAUCAGAAAGCCCUGUGCUGCCGAGCCAGCCCCGGGUGCAGGGUCCCUAGCAUCCGAGCCCGCUGAGCACAGAAAAGGUACAGCGGUGCCGGUUGAAUGCCCCACAUGUCAUAAAAAGUUCCUCAGCAAAUAUUAUCUAAAAGUCCACAACAGGAAACACACUGGUGAGAAACCCUUCGAGUGUCCCAAAUGUGGGAAGUGUUACUUUCGCAAGGAGAACCUCUUGGAGCAUGAAGCCCGGAAUUGCAUGAACCGCUCAGAACAGGUCUUCACGUGCUCCGUGUGCCAAGAGACCUUCCGACGGAGGAUGGAGCUGCGAGUGCACAUGGUGUCCCACACAGGAGAAAUGCCCUACAAGUGUUCCUCCUGCUCCCAGCAGUUCAUGCAGAAGAAGGACUUGCAGAGCCACAUGAUCAAGUUGCACGGUGCCCCCAAGCCCCAUGCAUGCCCUACCUGUGCCAAGUGCUUCUUGUCCCGGACGGAGCUACAACUGCAUGAGGCUUUCAAGCAUCGUGGGGAGAAGCUCUUUGUGUGUGAGGAGUGUGGGCACCGAGCCUCAAGCCGCAAUGGGCUACAGAUGCACAUCAAGGCCAAGCACAGGAACGAAAGGCCAUAUGUCUGCGAGUUCUGCAGCCAUGCCUUCACCCAGAAGGCCAACCUCAACAUGCACCUCCGUACCCACACUGGUGAGAAGCCUUUCCAGUGCCACCUCUGUGGGAAGACCUUCCGCACCCAAGCCAGCCUGGACAAGCACAACCGCACCCACACUGGCGAGCGGCCCUUCAGCUGUGAGUUCUGUGAACAGCGCUUCACGGAGAAGGGGCCGCUCCUGAGGCAUGUGGCCAGCCGUCACCAGGAGGGCCGACCCCACUUCUGUCAGAUCUGCGGCAAGACCUUCAAAGCUGUGGAGCAGUUACGGGUGCAUGUCAGACGGCACAAGGGGGUGAGAAAGUUCCAGUGCACUGAAUGUGGCUACAAGUUCACCCGGCAGGCCCACCUGCGGAGGCACAUGGAGAUCCACGAUCGGGUGGAGAACUACAAUCCGAGGCAGCGUAAGCUCCGCAACCUGGUCAUUGAGGACGAGAAGAUGGUGGUGGUGGCACUCCAGCCACCUGCUGACCUGGAGGUGGGUUCCGCAGAGGUCAUUGUGGAGUCCUUGGCCCAGGGUGGCCUCGCCUCCCAGCUCCCUAGCCAGAGACUGUGUGCGGAGGAGAGCUUUGCCACACCUGGCGUCCUGGAGCCCUCACUCAUCAUCACAGCUGCUGUCCCCGAGGACUGUGACACAUAGCCCCCCACCACUGGGCCCAGCCCCCAAUAAACUGUGUGACUUUGGA